AUGUCGGCCGACACGGAGGACAGGCUCACCAAGGCCGUCGGGGACCGCUACCAGGAGUUCGUCAAGAGCGCGACCAGGCAGUUCGAGCUCCAGCAGGCCUUGAAACGGCGGCAGGAGCGUCUGCGGGUGCUCGAGAAAGAGCCAGAGUGGUUCAACUACCUGGCCGCUUUCACCGCGGCCGUUGUCUCCACUCUGGUGAUGCAUCCGAUCGAUACCAUCAAGACGCGCCUGAUCGCAUCCGCGGUGAAGCAGAGCCCGCAGGGCCCCGCCACCCCCGCCGUCGACGCGAGCGGCGUCAAGCCGUUCCAGCUGGCCGACGUCCUGGACCUGUACAAGGGCGUGGUGGGCAACAUCGUGAAGGAGGGGCCGAGCUCCGCUCUGUACCUGGGCGUCUACGAGGCGGCCAAGUCCCGGUUGCUCGGCACCCCGCUGGGCGCUUACCCGCUGGCCGUCUACCUCGUGUCAGGGGCCGUGGGCGAGUUCUUCGGCUCCGUGGUGCGCGCCCCCGCGGAGGCAAUCAAGACCAGCGUGCAGAGCGGGCGAGCCGCCUCCACGCUGGACUCGGUGCAGCGCGUGGUGGGCACCGAGGACGGCAGAGCCCGGGUCUUCGCUGCGUGGAGCGCCUCCCUCUGGCGCGACAUCCCCUUCGGGGCGGUGCAGCUGGCUGUCUUCGAGGGCCUCAAGAGCUUUAUCCCCGGUCGAGUCGCCAGGCAUCCAGCUGGACGUGGACAGCCUGCUGGUGGAGGCGCUGCUGGGCGCCAUCGGCGGGUCCGUGGGCGCCUUGAUAAGCGUGCCCGCAGACGUGGUGACGACGCGGAUCAUCCAGCAGACCUCGCCGAGGGCGCGGAGCCCCUGGCCUUCGGGGAGAUGGCGGGCCGGGUCUGGGAGCAGGAGGGGCCGCAGGGGUUCGCAGAGGGCUGGAAGGACCGAGGGCGCGUGCUGUACUGGGGCCCGGCCGUCAGCAUCUUCCUGACGACCUACUGCGUGGUGAGGCAGGCGGCAGCGCCCCUGUUCUAG